UUGGGGUCUCUCUCCGUUCCGCUGCCAAGAGAUACACAUUCCACACUCAACACCAGCUCCCUCUGCUGCUCUCUCACAGUCGCUAUUCCAUUUGCCGGAGCGCAGGCGAGACAGGCAGUGCAACGAGAUCUCUGUCCUGUCUGUGAGUUUUCCAGCUAAUGGCCUCUACUCUUUUCUUGACUGAGCUCUUUUGGCCUCACAUUUGCCAGCUUCUUUUCUCACUGUUGUGGCUAAGAAGGGGACCAGCCGACGGUUUGUGAGCCACAAAGAGGAGAAACGAGCCCUUCUGGAAUUUUUUGGGUGCAAAAACAUUCGGCAGCACUUUAACAUGUCGCCCUGAAGCACUGCUGUGGGACCAGAGGAGGAGGAGGAACAGCUACCCAGCAGCUCUGGUUUCAGAUCUCUGCAACACCCUUUGUGUAUGACAAUUCAUUUUGAGCGCAGGAUGGCUGGGGAGGGUGGGGAGUGGGGAAGGAUGAGCGCAAGCAGCCUCUCUUGGGACCAGGCUGUCCUCCAGCCUCCGGUGUGUGAUGCCUGGAAGGAGAUUAUGGAGGAAGCAGCCUACCAGCUGGCCAGCUGCAUCGUCCUCCUGGGUUACAUGGGGGGAAGUGGCAUCUUUGGGUCCCUCUAUAUAUUUGGCCUCCUGGCCCCAGGCUACUUCUGCUAUGCUCUGUGGGGCUGGCUGAAUGCUUGUGGGCUGGAUAUCUUCAUCUGGAACAUGCUGCUCGUCCUCAUCUGCUUGCUUCAGCUGGCUCACCUGGCUUACCGGCUCCGCAGAAACACCAUCCCAGAAGAGUUUGACCUCCUCUACAAGACCAUGUACCUGCCCUUGCAGGUGCCCCUGGAUGUCUACAAAGAAAUUGUGAAGUGCUGUGAAGAGCAUGUCCAGUUGCUAGUCAGAGACCAGAAUUACGCGGUACAGGGCAAGACGCCCAUCGACCGCCUCUCAUUGCUGCUGUCUGGCAGGAUCCGAGUGUGCCAGGAUGGACAAUUCCUUCACUACGUCUUUCCUUACCAGUUCCUGGACUCUCCAGAAUGGGAGUCACUGCGACCCUCUGAGGAAGGAACCUUCCAGGUCACGCUGACAGCUGAGACCGAUUGCAGCUUCAUCACCUGGCCGAGAAAGAAACUGUAUGUCCUCCUGAGGAAGGACCGCUACAUUGCCCGGCUCUUCUCCUCCCACUUGGGCUAUGACAUCUCAGAGAAGCUCUACUCCCUCAACGAGAAGCUCUUCUCCAAGUUCGGCCUGCGCUUCGACAUCCGCUUGCCAAGCCUCUACCAUGUCCUUGGGCCAGCUUCCUCCGAGGGGGAGUCGGAGGACUGCGAGGAGCUGCUGCCUGCCUCUGGCCAGGCCAGUGUCUCUGAGCCCCCUCCGCAGCCGCCACCGCCGCCACCACCGGCCCCGCGCCCCCGGGCGUCCCGGCCCGACAGUGAGCUGCUGGGUGAGGACUCCACCAGUCUUGUCUUGGAAGAUUUUGCUGAGUUGCCGGGGUCUUUUAUGGACUAUGUGAGCGAAGGGGAGUAUAUGAAGUGAGGGCACUCCUGGUACGGGCACACCUCCCCCUGUGUGGGACCCUCGCCCUCUGGAAACCUUCUCCGGAGUUCUCCUCACCCUGUCUGCAAAGAACGAGCCCCUCUGGCUCCCACUCAGACUCCUGAACUCUAGGGAACAACAGGCUGUUUUGAUCCCG